GCUGUGCUGUGCUGUGGUGGUAACAUUAUAAGGCGCGCCGUGCAGGGAGAGGGGCCGGCUCCUGCCAGCGACCGCCUUGUCGGGUAACGAACUGCUCCCGCUCGCUCACAUGCUGGAGGUCCUGGAGAUGGCGCCGCCCCCGCCGCCGCCGCGCCAGCCGGCGGCGGCGUCCCGGGGACGCGGGAAGGGACACGCGGGCCAGCCGCGGAAGCAGCCGCUGCAGGCCAGCGUGACGCAGCCCAAGGCGGAGACGCCUGCCGCGGCGGCGGUUCCGCCGCCGGAGGCAGCCAAGAAGUGCGGCGGGAGGCGGCGCGGCGGGCGCGGGCGCGCCACCAGGCCGGUGGACCCGCGGCCGGCGCCGGGGCCCGCGGUGGCGGCGCCUGCGACGGCGACGACGCGCGCCGUCGUCAUUGGGCCGCCGGUGAGCAGCAAGGGGCUGGCGUUCUGCCGGCGGCCCGGGUUCGGGACGGUGGGUGCGCGCUGCGUCGUCAAGGCCAACCACUUCCUCGCCGAGGUUCCCGACAAGGACCUCACCCAGUACGACGUGAAGAUCACGCCGGAGGUGAGCUCCCGGUACGUGAACCGGGCCAUCGUCGCGGAGCUGGUGCGCCUCUACCGGGACUCCGACCUCGGGGCGCGCCUCCCGGCCUACGACGGCCGCAGCAGCCUCUACACCGCGGGCGCCCUCCCGUUCGACGCGCGCGAGUUCGUGGUGCGCCUCGCCGACGACGACACCGGCACCGGCGUGCCCCCACGCGAGAGGGAGUACAGGGUCGCCAUCAAGUUCGCCGCGCGCGCCGACCUGCACCACCUCCGGGAGUUCAUCGCCGGCCGGCAGGCCACCGCGCCGCAGGAGGCCGUCCAGGUGCUCGACAUCGUCCUCCGGGAGCUCGCCAACCAGAGGUACGUGCCGAUAGGGCGGUCCUUCUACUCGCCGGACAUAAGGAAGCCGCAGAGGCUCGGCGACGGCCUGCAGUCGUGGUGCGGGUUCUACCAGAGCAUCCGGCCGACGCAGAUGGGCCUCUCGCUUAACAUCGAUAUGUCGUCCACCGCGUUCAUCGAGGCGCUGCCGGUGAUCGAGUUCGUGGCCCAGAUAUUAGGGAAGGAUGUCAUGUCAAGGCCACUGUCGGAUGCAAACAGAAUUAAGAUCAAGAAAGCGUUGCGGGGUGUGAAAGUUGAAGUUACUCACCGGGAAAAUGUAAGGCGGAAGUACCGCAUUACCGGGGUGACAGCACAACCAACUCAUGAACUGAUUUUCCCAAUUGAUGAUCAAAUGAAUAUGAAGUCUGUCGUAGAGUAUUUCAAGGAAAUGUACGGGUUCACCAUUCAGCAGUCACAUCUUCCAUGCCUCAUGGUGGGAAACCAAAAGAAAGCAAACUAUCUACCAAUGGAGGCCUGCAAGAUUGUAGAGGGUCAGAGAUACACAAAGAGGUUGAAUGAAAAGCAGAUCACAUCACUACUGAAGGUUACAUGCCAAAGGCCUAGAGAAAAGGAGAUGGAUAUUCUACAGACAGUUCAUCAAAACGGAUAUGACCAAGAUCCUUACGCAAAGGAAUUUGGGAUUAACAUCAGUGAGAAGCUAACAUCUGUUGAAGCGCGUGUCCUUCCCGCACCUUGGCUGAAAUAUAAUGAUGCUGGAAAGGAAAAAGAGUGUCUGCCGCAGGUUGGUCAAUGGAACAUGGUUAACAAGAAAGUAAUCAAUGGAGGCAAAGUAAGUCACUGGGCAUGUAUAAACUUCUCAAGGAGUGUUCAAGAAACCACUGCGCGCGGAUUCUGCCAAGAGUUGGCACAGAUGUGCCAAAUUUCGGGCAUGGAAUUCAACAGUGAACCUGUGCUACCAAUAUAUUCAGCUAGACCAGAUCAAGUAGCGAAGGCGCUAAAGCAUGUGUAUAAUGUAGCACUACACAAACUCAAGGGUAAAGAACUUGAGCUUGUUUUGGCUAUUCUCCCUGACAACAAUGGUGCUUUAUAUGGUGACAUCAAACGUAUCUGUGAAACUGAUUUGGGGUUGAUAACACAAUGUUGCUUAACGAAGCAUGUUUUUAAGAUCAGCAAGCAGUACUUGGCAAAUGUCUCGCUUAAAAUUAAUGUUAAGAUGGGAGGAAGAAACACUGUGCUCGUGGAUGCGCUAAGUUGGAGGAUUCCAUUGGUCAGUGACAUACCAACUAUCAUUUUUGGUGCAGAUGUUACACAUCCUGAAACCGGGGAGGACUCUAGUCCAUCCAUUGCUGCAGUCGUCGCUUCUCAAGACUGGCCAGAAGUCACAAAAUAUGCCGGAUUGGUAUGUGCGCAGGCACAUCGGCAAGAGCUUAUUCAGGACCUAUACAAGACAUGGCAUGAUCCUCAGAGAGGCACAGUAACAGGAGGCAUGGUCAGGGAACUCUUAAUAUCCUUCAGGAAGGCCACUGGACAGAAACCUCAAAGAAUAAUUUUCUACCGGGAUGGGGUUAGUGAAGGUCAAUUCUACCAAGUUCUCCUAUAUGAGUUAGAUGCUAUCCGUAAGGCUUGUGCAUCCCUAGAACCAAAUUACCAACCUCCAGUAACAUUUGUGGUGGUUCAAAAGCGUCACCAUACAAGACUGUUUGCAAACAAUCACAAAGACAGAAGCAGCAUGGACAAAAGUGGAAAUAUUUUGCCUGGAACGGUUGUUGAUUCAAAGAUAUGCCAUCCAACGGAGUUUGAUUUCUACCUCUGUAGUCAUGCCGGAAUCCAGGGAACAAGUAGGCCUGCUCACUACCAUGUGCUCUGGGAUGAGAACAAUUUCUCAGCAGACGAGAUGCAGACGUUGACAAACAACCUUUGCUACACUUACGCACGGUGCACGCGCUCUGUUUCUGUCGUGCCACCUGCAUACUAUGCACAUCUUGCUGCGUUUCGGGCACGGUUCUAUCUGGAGCCGGAGCUGUCCGAGAACCACACGUCGAAGAGCUCCAGCGGGACAAAUGGAACCUCCGUGAAGCCCUUGCCUGCCGUGAAAGAGAAGGUGAAGAGAGUGAUGUUCUACUGCUGACAAGGGAAAUAGGUUUAACUUGCCUAACAUUGUACUGUAGAAUUUAGUAGUAGAGGCUAGGUUAGCUUUCUCCCGGAAAGGAAGAGAAGAGCAUUUCUGCAUUUGGACCCUGAACAAUCUCUUGACUACCUCUGUAAAGUACUCCGAAAGCAUGUAUAAUAGCUCCUGCUUGGGUCA